GCGACGAAACAAAGAAGAUCUCAUAUCUUCAAAAACCUUUGACAAGUUAGGGUUCUUUGGUAUAAACAAAAUGGGAAGAUCACCGUGUUGCGAUCAAGACAAAGGCGUGAAGAAAGGACCGUGGCUGCAAGAAGAAGAUGAUAAGCUCACUGCUUAUAUAAACGAGAACGGUUAUGGGAAUUGGCGUUCGCUUCCUAAGCUCGCUGGACUUAACCGCUGUGGCAAGAGCUGUCGGCUCCGGUGGAUGAAUUAUCUCCGUCCUGAUAUCCGGCGAGGCAAAUUUUCCGAUGAAGAAGAGAGUACUAUCGUUAGACUCCAUGCCCUUCUUGGCAACAAAUGGUCGAAAAUUGCGUGUCAUCUUCCAGGACGAACCGAUAAUGAAAUUAAAAACUAUUGGAACACUCAUAUGAGGAAGAAGUUGAUGCAAAUGGGGAUUGAUCCAAUGACGCACGAGCCAAGAACCAACGAUCUUAGCCCUAUCCUCGACCUUUCUCAAAUGCUAGCCGCGGCAAUCAACAAUGGCCAAUUUGGUAACAAUAACGUCUUCAACAAUAACACUGCUUUGGAAGAUCUUCUUAAACUCCAAUUGAUCCAUAAAAUGCUUCAAAUCAUAACCCCCAAAGCCAUACCAAACAUCAAUAGCUUCAAGACCAGUUCUGUGAAUCCUAAACCGGAACCGGUAGUCAAUAGCUUCAAUACCAAUUCAAUGAAUCCUAAACCGGAUCACCCGGCUGGACAACUGAAUUCAGUUGAUCCACUGGUUUUCAUAAACCAAAGUGGAAUCACUCCUGAGGCCACCUCGGUUCCAUCUUAUGAAAAUGUUUGGGAUGGUUUUGAAGAUAACCAGCUUCCUGGUUUGGUUACGGUUUCUCAAGAGAGUUUGAAUACAGCAAAACCGGAUACCAGUACUACCACCAAGGUAAAUGAUUACACCGGAGCCGGUAUGAUGCCCGGUUAUUAUGGUGAUCAAUUACGUGAAAUCCCAUCUGGUUCGGUAUCGGUCUCUCCUCAGACAACCGGGUUGAACCAUCCCGGUACGUCUCAACACUCAUCCGGUGUAGAUGUCCUAGAGGACUGGGAGAAGUUCCUUGAUGAUGAAACAAGUGAUUCUUGCUGGAAAAGUUUCUUAGAGUAAGAUCUUUUUCCACAUUGAUUUAUAGUAUAUGAUAUUUAAUAUAUAGUAACACAAAGUACUUUCUCAAAUUAAAAUGUUUAUUGACAG